AUGAGGGUUUCUUCAUUGUAUGGGUCCGCGGCGGCCGGAUUGUCGACCCUGCUCGCCUUGUCGCUCGCAAAUUCCGCGCACGCCCUGUCGUUCGAUGCCGUGUCGAUACCCGACCUCGACCUUUCCACGCUCGGCCGUGUCACCAUCACCGGUGACUUCGAUGGCGUCUCCCUCUACGAGUAUGAGGGUCAAUCUGAGAUCACCCAGCGAACCGGCUCUUCGAUCCUCACCCCGCUGCCCAAUGGAAUCCUGACCAAUCUCACCUCGGCCGACGCGCAAAUACGGGACAUGUGCUCCUUCACCAAAAAGGACGGAACGUUUGCCGGGAUUUUCGUUGGUGGAAACUUCACAACCUUGGGCGGAGUCGACUCGCCCGGCGCCGCUCUGUUCAAUCCCAAUUCCAGCAAGGUCACGGCUCUGUCCGGUUUGAAGGGCUCCGUUUCCGCGGUGCUUUGCGACCAGAAUACGAACCGUGUCUACGUUGGAGGAUCCUUUUCGCACAAGAAUACCUCAAAUGCGCUUGCUUGGUCUCCUGAUGACGGCUGGACCGAUCUCCCGUUCGACGGUCUCAAUGGACCCGUGGAGUCGAUCUUGAAGACGGACGAUGGCCAUAUCGUCUGGGGUGGCUCGUUCGAUGGGCUGGGUAAUUCGACAUCCUCGUCCAAACACGGAAAGCAGGUCCUCAAUCUGCAAAACGCUACCAUAACCUCCGAUACCGACUCGUCUCUCAGCGGAUAUUCCGACAAUCGUAACAUUAUCUGUUCGACUAGCGGCGAAGCGGCCAAGGGCUCGACCUACCUGCUCCACGAUAACGCACCGGGAUUUUGGCGUGCCGAUCUUGGAUUUAAUUUUAACCCGACCAAGGUCCGCCUUUACAACACGCACCUGGAUGGACGCGGUACCAAGACCUUCCUGUUCCGUGCUCUUCCCGACAAUGGCAUCAUGAAUAUGACCUACAUCGACCAGACCGGCAAGAAGCAGGCUUGCGACCAAUCCUGCCCGCUUUCCGACAGCACCAGCGAGAAGUACCGUGACUUCACCCUUGUCAACUCUGUUGGCAUGCAGGGAUUCGAGAUCGAAUUCCUCACCUGGUACGGUGCCGGUGCCGGUUUGAACGGCAUCGAGGUCUUCCAGGACCAGAUUGUCACCUACGCUGUCGACACGUACAAUGAACCGUCUUGCGCCGGCAUUGAAUACCCCGCUACCGCCACCCGAACCGGCUCUUGGACAAUCGAAUCUGGUGGAUAUCUAUCUGCCCAGGUGACCGAUGCUAAUGACGACGACACCUCUGUUGUCUUCAAGCCCGAUAUCAAAGAGUCUGGCAAUUACACGGUCAAGAUCUACACGCCCGGCUGUGUUGAAGAUAACUCUUGCUCUAAGCGUGGCAUGGUCAACGUGACAGCAACCCUUGCGACUGACUCCGAUGAGGCUCAACCUUCCCCGACGACCAUCUACCAGACCAACAACUACGAAAAGUACGAUACUCUGUUCUCCGGAUACGUUGACGCCGCUAGCGAUUCCUUCCGCCCUACCGUCACUCUUCAGCCUAUUGUUGGACAAGGCGACAUCACCGUUGUCGCAUCCCGUGUUCGCUUCGAAUUGCUCAACGCCACGAAAACCUCCGAUGAUUUGAAUGGACUGUACGAUUUCGACCCAUCCUCCAAGAAGAUUGAUGCCGACAAGCUCGACAAGUCGGAUAUCAACAAAGCCGGCAACUCUCUCAAGCAUGAUGCUGCUAUCAAGAGCUUGUCGUCGAACGAUGGCGUGGUCUACAUUGCCGGAAACUUUUCGGACAGCAAAAUCCACAACAUCAUGUCAAUCACUGACGGCAAAGCCACUGCAUUGUCCGGUGGCGGUCUGAACUCGCAGGUUUUGGCUACGACUUCGCUCGACAAAACCUUGUAUGUUGGAGGUCAAUUCACGGAUACCUCCGACGGUGGUGCCAAGGGUCUCAACUACGUCGCAUCUUACUCAUCGUCCUCCAAGCAAUGGUCCGCACUGGGCAAUGGUGUCAAUGGACACGUCAAUACGAUUUACCCGCUUGAGCUCAAUGUGUCGUCGACCGUUAACGAGACGACCAUUGCCGUGAGCGGUGAUUUCAACAAGAUUCUUGCCUCUGGUGACAAGUCUGACGUCUUCGUCCCUGGCUUUGCCAUCUGGAUUCCCUCCCAGAAGGCCUGGCUGCAGACUCUCAAUGAUACCCAGAUGGAGUUUGCUGGCCGUUUGUCGGCCGUUACCGACUACAACAAUACUUCUAUCCUUGCUGGCAGUCUUGCUACUGAUGGAAUCAACGCUGGUGGUGUCGUCUCCUUGGAAGAAGACGAUGAUGACCUGAACCUCAUCUCUCUGUCCAUGAAAUUGAACCACGCUCACACCAAGUCUGGCUCUCAGCCCAGCGCUGGUGUCCUCACUGGUGUCUACGACAUUGAUUCGGACCGUAACCUCACUAUCCUAGGUGGCCAAUUCGCUACCACCGCUAGCAAUGGUUCGACCGUCGAAAAUGUUGUCUUUGUGAACGGCACCCAGCAGACCCUGAGUGGUCUUCCUCAGGGCUUGCAAAACAACGCUACCACCGUCAUGUCCCUGUUGGUGCACAAUGACACCCUGUACGUGGGCGGUAACCUUACUGGAAGUAUCGACGGUGAUGAUAUGGCUGGGCUCGUGACAUACGAUUUGACCAAGAAUGAGUUCUCCCAGGAUCAGCCUUGGUCAUUGAGAGGUGACAGCGUCGUUGUGAACUCCAUUGCCAAGCGACCUGGCUCAUCCGAUAUCUUCGUUGGCGGUGACUUCGAGUCAGCUGGAUCACUCCCUUGCGAAACUGUCUGCAAAUUGGAUUCCACCGAAAACUCUUGGAGUUGGCCGGCGAUGUCCAUCAGCGGUACUGUGAUUGCACUUAAGUGGGCGAGCUCGAACACGCUGUAUGCUGCGGGUGAUCUCAAGAUUUCUGACAACGAGACCGUCAUCGCCACCUUUGACAACAAGAAGGAGAUCUGGACUGCGUUCGAGGGCGCCUCGAAGUCUGCCAUUCCUGGAAAUCUCACUGCAUUCGCUCCCGCCAGUGAGGACGUGUCAGAGUUCUGGAUCGCCGGCACAGCAAAGAACGGAUCGGCUUUCUUCAUGAACUACGACGGAUCCGACUUCAAAUCUCCUGGCAACCUCUUCUCAAAAGGCACCGUCAUCCGAGGCAUGGAGGUUCUCCCCACCAACCAGAACCACGAGUCGGUCUCGCUUUUGAAUGACGAUCAGAUUCUUUUAAUCAUGGGUCAACUCAUCAUCCCUGAUUUCGGCAAUGCCUCCGCAGCGCUCUACAACGGAACCGCGGUCACACCCUUCAUCCUUUCCUCCAAGUCUAACGGUCAGCCCGGUAGCAUGGCGCAUCUCUUCUCAGAAAACCAGAACCCCUACACCAGCGGCAGCGAAAGCCACCACUCCAACGGGAUCGUCGUCCUAGUCUCCUUCUGCUGCGCCCUAGGCUGCGUUUUCCUCAUCGUCGCCGCAGGUGUCAUUCUAAACAAGAUUCAACGCCGCCGCCAGGGUUACGCCGCUGCCCCUCAAACCUUUGGAACAGACCGACCCACCGAUAUGACGCGCCUGCCACCAGAGUACCUAUUCAAUUCCCUGGGCCAUACCAACCCAACCGCACCCGCAAUCUAA